AUGCACCAAUUACUUCAAGACAUGGGAAGGGGAAUUAUUCGUGAAGAAUCACCUGAGGAUCCUGGAAAACGUACUAGAGUGUGGAAUAAAAAUGCCUCUAAUGUUUUGAGAAAAUUAACUGGUACAGAAACUAUUAAGGGCCUCAUGCUCAACAUUCCUAUGUUAAUAAAAGAUGAGUCUUCUAAGAUAACAUCCAGUGGAAGUAACAGAAAAAGAUUCCAUGUUGAAGAUUAUGAUGGAAACUGUUCAAGCAGCCGACGUCGGCUUGGUUUCUUCUCUUGGCAGUCAAUUAGUUUUUCUUCAACAAACUCAUUUCCUGUAUCAAAUGGGAUAGGUUUCAAAACAGAGGCAUUUAGAAGGAUGCACAAUCUUGAACUCCUGCUGCUUGAUAAUGUAAAAAUCAGUGGAGGCUAUGAAGAUUUCUCAAAAAAUUUAAUAUGGUUGUCUUCGCGAGGAUUCGCUUUAAAGUCAAUACCAACCAAUUUUCGCUUGGAAAAUCUAAUUGCUCUUGACUUGCGGAACAGCAGCCUCCAACAUGUUUGGAAGGGAACUAAGUUUCUUCCAAGACUGAAAAUCUUAAAUCUCAGUCAUUCACAUGGAUUUGUGACAACCCCUGACUUGUCAGGAUUCCCUAACCUCGAGAGAUUAAUCCUUAAAGUUUGCAUAAAUUUGAAAGAGGUGGAUGAAUCCAUUGGAGAUUUGGAGAAACUUGUUUUUUUGAAUCUAAAAGAUUGCAAAAAUCUCAUGAAGCUUCCAAUAAGAAUUAGUAUGCUGCAAUCUCUCCAGAAACUUAUUCUCUCUGGUUGCUCAAAUCUUGUGCUGCCUGCCAGUAUGAUCGUUAAAAAUCAGUUAGACUCUCCACCUAGUGACAUGAAGAAAGUCUGUCUGUUAUCUGCAGUUAAAUCGUGGCAAUCAAUCCGAUCAUGGGUAUUGCCAAGAAGAUAUCUCCAACUUACCAGUGCAAGUUUGCCACAAUUUUUAAAAAGCUUAGAUAUGGCAUACUGCAAUCUGUCAGAAAUUCCCAAUGAUCUUAGUAGCCUAUCCUCAUUGGAGUAUUUGAAGCUAAGCGGAAACCCAUUUUUGAGCCUAUCAGUAAACAUGAAUGGUCUUAGUAAGCUCCAGACUCUUUUGUUGGAUCGUUGCACAAACCCCGAAAUGAUUCCCGAGCUCCCACCAAGUGUAAAGACUUUGCGCGCAUAUAGAUGUACUUCAUUGAAAAGAGUACUACGAAACUUACCCAACAUGAUACCAAAAAUUGGAAAUGCGUUUUUGAUAUGCAAGAAUUUAGUUGAAAUUCAAACAAUGUUCAAAACAAGACCGUUGAGAAGCGUCAACAUAGAAAUGAUCAAAGAUAUCGGUCAGUUCAAUUUGGAAUCCAUAGGAAGCACUGAAGUUGAAAUGCUCAACUACUUGACAUGUACAACAAGGAAGGGUCUGUUGAAAUAUAAUCCUGCAGCAGAUUUCUUAGAGCUGAAGCUAUCUUCUAUUUGUUCUGUUUUUCUGCUAAGUCUAUUUAAAUGA